ACUACAUACACUCCUCUCGCUCGCUCUCUCUUGCUUUCUCUCUUUCAAAUCAACUCCUUCCAUUCCAUUACCCUCUUUGCUCUUCCCCCCUGCUGAAGAUCCACAUCCUAAUUAACUUUAAUUAAGCCAUAUAUAUAUAUAAUUAAGCCAUACAUAUAUAUAUAUAUAUGGCUAAUUGUAUUUCAAAUAUUCCCAGUGGUUGGGCCUGCUGCAGGGCUCAAUUAAUCUCUCAGCCGAGUGAAUAUUUGAAUUUCCCUUCAAAAUCCCAUUUUUCCACCAAGAAGAAGAAGAAACUCCUUGGCCUCAGCAGAGCCGAAUUCUACUGUGCUUUGAACUCUUCUCCCGCUCUAAUUCAAUUCCCGGCUGUUACCAGAGAGGACGUCUCCAUUAUUGAUUCCCCUGUUCAAUCCCCUCCGGCUCCGGCUCACUGGAACCCACUUCAAAGUGCUGCGGCCAAGGCCUUGGACAUGGUGGAGGCGGCCUUGCUGUCACGUGAGCUCAGACAGCCGCUUCCCAAAACCGCCGACCCACGUGUCCAAAUCGCCGGCAACUUUGCUCCGGUCCCGGAGCAGCCCGUGAGGCAUGAGCUUCCGGUCACCAACCCCAUACCCGACUGCAUUCGUGGCGUGUAUGUCCGCAACGGCGCCAACCCGCUGUUCCAGCCCGUGGCCGGCCACCACUUCUUCGACGGCGAUGGGAUGGUUCAUGCCGUGACUUUCCACAAUGCUAAUUCGGUCAGCUACGCUUGCCGGUUUACGGAGACGAACCGGCUGGUGCAAGAGCGCGAGCUCGGCCGGCCGGUGUUUCCCAAAGCCAUCGGCGAGCUCCACGGCCACUCCGGUAUUGCUCGGCUCCUCCUCUUCUAUGCCCGAGGCUUAUUUGGCCUCCUCGACCAUAGCCACGGCAUUGGAGUGGCCAACGCCGGCUUGGUCUACUUCAACCGCCGGCUGUUGGCCAUGUCGGAAGACGACCUCCCCUACCAAGUUCGCAUCACGCCCUCCGGCGACCUCCAGACCGUCGGCCGGUUCGAGUUCCGAGAGCAGCUCCGCUCCACUAUGAUAGCCCACCCGAAGCUCGACCCCGUCACCGGAGAGCUCUUCGCCCUCAGCUACGACGUCGUAAAGAAGCCGUAUCUCAAGUACUUCCGGUUCUCUGCAGACGGAAUGAAGUCCCCGGACGUCAACAUACCAUUGGAGGUGCCGACCAUGAUGCAUGACUUCGCGAUCACAGAGAAUUACGUGGUAAUACCAGACCAACAAGUGGUCUUCAAGCUCCAAGAGAUGAUCGCCGGUGGGUCGCCGGUCAUUUAUGACAAGAACAAGAAGUCGCGGUUCGGAAUUAUGCCCAAAAACGCUCGAAAUGCUUCGGAUAUCACCUGGGUGGAGUCGCCGGAUACCUUCUGCUUCCACCUCUGGAACGCUUGGGAGGAGCCGGAGUCGGACGAGAUCGUGGUUAUUGGAUCGUGCAUGACCCCGCCGGACUCCAUUUUCAAUGAAUGUGACGAGAACCUGAAAAGCGUCUUAACCGAAAUCAGGCUGAACUUGAAGUCCGGGAAGUCCACUCGCCGGCCGAUCAUCCCAUCCUCCGAGUCCGAUCAAAUGAACAUGGAAGCCGGGAUGGUGAACAGAAACAGACUGGGCAGAAAGACGAAGUUCGCUUAUCUCGCCAUUGCCGAACCAUGGCCCAAGGUUUCCGGGUUCGCCAAAGUUGACCUCUCAACUGGCCAAGUCCAGAAAUUCAUCUACGGCGAGAGAAGAUACGGCGGCGAGCCGUUUUUCGUGCCAAGAGGCCCCAAUUCGGAGAGGGAAGACGAUGGCUACAUUCUGACAUUUGUGCACGAUGAGAAGACAGGAAAAUCAGAGCUUCUGAUCAUAAACGCCAUGAAUCUACAGUUAGAAUCUACAAUAAAGCUUCCUUCAAGGGUACCCUAUGGCUUUCAUGGCACAUUCAUAAGCUCACAAGAUUUAGCAAACCAAGUAUGAUAUAUAUAUAUAUAUAUAUAGAGAGAGAGAGAGAGAGAGAGAGAGAGAGAGAGCAGGUUGGUUGUUACUUGUUAGUGUUAAAAGUUGGAUUUAUUAUAAGCAGGGGAGAGUUAUACCAGAGGGAUCGUUGCAGAGGAGAGAGAUCCCCGGACUCUUCCUAUUGAAACUUUUAACCCUAACAAGAGCUAGCUCUCUGUUUUUAAUUUUCAUUUCAUCUUCUUCUUCUUCUUCUUUCUGAACUGUGGUUUAAUUCCGAGGUUAGAAGCCAUGCUUGUAGCUUUUAAUUAAUUAGCUGCAUGUAGGUUGUGAUUAACGAAGCUCAGCUGGUUUUCUGUUC